AUGGCCACGCCGCGCUCUGCAGGCCAGCAGGAUGCCAUUGCCAGUCUGCGAUCCGUGCUGCAAAGCUCCAGCGGAUCGGUCCCGGACGAUGACAUGCUGGCGACUCUGCUGGAAGUAGAGGGUUGGGAUGUGACUCGCGCUGCACGGCUCGUCGAGGAGGACAGCACCGCCGAACGCAGAAGAAGUGGAGCAGAUGACGAGACCAUCGCCAGGUCCUUCGCUCAAGACUCUCGGAUCCGCGGCUCGAUGGACCUCGACCAGUCGUUUGCAAAUACAUCUUCGCCGUACAGCGCUUCGAGACGUGCAUUCAACGCUGGCACCGGUGCGCCGAGUGGUCUCCCUGGAGGCGCCGGCUUGCGUCCUCAUCCCCGAGGCGGCGCCGAUGGCGGCACGAUGAGCGUUGCGCAGAUGAUCUGGACAGCCUUGACCUUUCCACUUUCCAUAGCAUCAGGUAUACUGCUCUUCCUCGCACGUCUGCUUCGCAUCAGAACGUUGUUCCCUUCACUUUUUGGCGGCAGUCCUGGAUCACGUACACUCAGCCGAUCGGAUCCCCGCACCUCGGCGGAGAAUUUCGUACGGGAGCUCGAGCAGGAUACCGGAGCCUCGUCGUCUCGCUCAGCAAUUUCGUCCGAAGACUCGGCGACCAGAGCGCCACCGACAAUGAUGCUGCCUCCUUUCUUCAUCGGCGGCUACUCGGACGCGCUGCGUACCGCCAAGGAGCAGAUCAAGAUCCUCGCCAUCAUCUUGGUCAGCCGCGAGCAUGGAGACGUAGACCGCUUCAAGCAAACCACCUUGACCGACAGCGAUCUCGUCGAGCUACUGUCGAGGGACGAUUUCGUUGUGUGGGGCGGGGACGUCAGAGAGCGCGAAGCGCAUCAAGUUGCUACCACGCUUCAAGCCACCACAUACCCUUUUGUCGCCUUCGUCGCAUUGCAGCCAUCGCGCUCGUCGAGCAGGAGCUCGGCAGCAUCAUCGUCUUCCUCGCCUCGAGCAGCGGUGCUCUCAAGGCUCGAAGGCUCGCCGUCGACGGCCACCUCGGCUGCAACGAUUGCUUCCCACAUCUCCGACGUGCUACUGCCGAGAACCCGCACAUACCUGGACCGGCUGAGAGCUGAGAAGCGUCACCGCGAGAUGGAGCGUCAGCUUCGAGCCGACCAAGAUCGUGCCUACCAGGAAGCCAGUCGUCGCGACGCCGAACGAAUUACACAGAAGCGCGAAGAAGAGCGGCUGAAGGCGUUGGAAGUGCAACGACAGCGAGACGAGCAGGAGCGGAAAGAACAGGCGGAACGCAAGAAGCAGGCCUGGCAAAGAUGGGCUCGCCACCAUCUCGUACCAGCAGAGCCUGUCGCUUCGGCUGAUGCGGUCAAGUUGAGCUUUCGACUGCCGAGCGGGAAAACGUUGACAAGGCGCUUUUCUCCUGCAGACACGGUGGAUGCUGUGUUCGCCUUUGUCGAGACCUCUUCUGUUUCGACAGAUAUCGACGGCGCCACGAGUCAGAAACCGCAAGGCUACGAGCACGAGUUCAAAUUCAGCCUGGUGACCGGCUACCCGAGAAAGCGCAUCGAGGCAGCACAGGCUGGCAGCACGCAGUUGAAGGAUGUCGACGGCCUUGCCCAAGGUGCGAGUCUGAUCGUCGAGGGAUACGUCAUGGCCGACAAAGCAGCUGCUGCCGACGAUGAAACGACGGAUGAGGAAGAGUGA